AUGUGGUCAAUGUAUGACCAAGUAGGAGUUGAUGUCAUGCACGAUAUGCUUGAAGGUUGUUCUAAAUACAUCAUGAAGUUUAUUUUACUUUAUUAUACUAAGGAGUUAAAACUUUUUACUUUACAAGUAUUGAAUGAUAGAAUUUAUGGUUUUGAUUUUGGGCCUGAAAAUAAUAAACCUUGCUCACUUACUUUAGACAACAUUAAUCAAGGGAAUAUUAGGCAAUCCGCUUCGGAGAUGUUGACAUUAAUUAGAUAUUUUGGUUUACUGGUUGGUGACUUUAUACCACCAGAAGAACCAGUUUGGGAACUUUAUAUAGUUAUGCGUAGAGUUAUAGAUAUUUUAAUAUCAACAUCACUGACGAUAGAUAGUUGUUCAAUGUUACAAACCUUAGUAGCAGAAAUGAAUGAACUCUAUUUAAAGUACAGUAAUAGUCAUCUCAAACCAAAAUUUCAUUUUUUAACACAUUAUCACUCCAUGAUCAGAAAAUUUGGUCCUGUCAUAAAUUUUUGGUCCAUGAGAUACGAAGCAAAACAUAGGAUUUCAAAAAUUUCUGCUAGAUCAUCAUUCAAUAGAAGAAAUAUUUGCAUGACUUUGGCAAUAAGGCACCAACUUCAAUUAAAUGAAAUGUUUACUAAAGGUAAAUUAAAUAAAUCAGUUAUUGUAGGACCUCAAAAAGAAAUAGAUUCCAUUAAAGCCAGUCUAAUUCAAAAUGAACUAAAUCUUGAUAACAUUGAAACAUUAAUAAGAGUUAAAUGGGCUGAAGUGAAGGGGACACGUUAUAAACUAAAAACUAUUUUGACGUUAGAUAUUAUGAAGGAUAACCCAACUUUUGUUAUUGUAAAAGAUAUUUUUCUUUAUGGACCGAAUAGGGUAGUUUUUGAGUGCAGUAAAUUUACAACGAUUGGUUUUGAUGAACAUGUUUUUUGUUAUGAAGUAACAUCACCAGAAAUAAAUGAUUUAUGUUAUAUAUUCCAAGAUUUAUUGAUAUCACCUAUUCCUAAUACUAUAAAUAUUGUAUCAAAUGGAAUGUAUUUUAUAACUGUAAGAAGUCCUUUAUAA